AUGGAAAGAAACAUUUCAAAAAUCAACGAUUUUUUUUUGGAGUUGGAAUUUCUAAUCGGAGGUCAACCUAAUGAUUCAGAAGUUGAUAAAAAAUUUAGAGAAGGAAAAGAAUUGAUUGAUGAAUUAGAGGGAAUUAACGAAAAACAGCACGGCCUAUUCAGGUAUAAAUACCACACAAGAUAUGCUGACUAUAUAAAGAAGCGAGGUGAUGUAGAAAAUGCUAGCAGGCAUGAGAAUCUAGCAAAAAAAUAUGAAAAGUUUAACGAACCCUCCAGAGAAACGUAUAAUUAUAGAACGGACUUUCUAUUAUUCACAAAUGUCGCUUUAGAAGAUAACGAAAAAACUUCUUAUCCUGAUGAAAAGUGUGCCCGAGAAGCUGUAGAAGAAGAAUUAGAAAAGAUCCAAAGUAUCUUGAGGGAUGAAGUAGUUGAACUAUUCCGACAGAACUUUAACAAACUUUUUAACGAUACGCCAAAGUCCUUCCUGGAUUUUCAAAAUGUUAUUGAUCUAGAUAUAAAUUUGCGUAAGCUAGCGGAUAAUCCUAUUAGCGAAGAACUGUUCAAUCUUGAGCAAGUAAGCCCCAGCGACAAGGAAAAAAUUGAGCAGAUUAGAAAAAAUUUGCUGACCUCUUUGAAUGUUUUAAGAGAAUUAUCCAGAGGAGCAGCCUACCUAAAGAGAAUCGGUUUUAUGCAACAAAUAUUAAAUUCCCCUGAUAAAGAAGCUAUCUUAUUUAGCAAUAUUCUGUUUACGAAAGAAGAAAUUUACAAACGUUUUAGAGAACUUUCCCUGUAUUUUCAUCCUGAUAAAACGAAUCAACCUAAUACUCCAUAUUGGCUUGAUGACAAACACAAAGAGUUAGGCGCUAAGUUAUUUGAAGUUGCCGUAAAGUUCAAGGAAACUUUAUUAAUGGAAUUAGAAGAAGUUUCUAGAGCUGAAGGCUUUCUAACUUUCCAUGAAAAAAAAGCAAAUAUGCUUUGGAAAAUUUCAAUAGAUUAUCGUAAUGCAGCCAAAGGACAAUGGAAUAAGCUUAAAAUACUAGAUACCGAUGAUGUUAAAGGCUCUUCAUCCGCAGAGCUAGAGCAUUUUAGCAUUGGUCACGGGGAAUUGGCUUAUUAUGAAUACCGGGCAGCCUGUAAAAUUGCAGAUAAUUCUAAGUAUCUAAAAAAGCAAGUAGAAUUGCGGGGAAGCAUGGCAUUAUGCUUAUUUGUUACUAAAAAAUACAUAGAAGCCCAGUUAUAUGCAUUAUCUGCAAUUCAAUUACUGCUUAAAAAUUCUCAGGAUGUGACGUCCCAGGAUUUAAUUACGGCAGAAAAAAUAUUCAAUAAGGUCAAAGGUGGGAACGCAACUAAAGAAAAUACUGAAGUUAAGUCAGAAGGUGAUCUCAAUAGUGAACUAUCUUGUGUGAAUGCGGAAGGUCAGAUAAUCCCCAUUUUUGAAAAGAAGACAUAUCGACGUUCUAUUGAAGAGGAUAUGAGCAAAUUGAGUUGGGAUCUAGUAAUACCUGAUCAGAGCUUAGUUCGUUACUACACGUCCGAGAAAGAAAUUAUGCGCGCCAAGAUAUAUACCUACAGGCAUCGCGUAAAGGGAACGGCGUAUAUAGUAGGAUCUGUUGCUAACGCGUUUUGUACAAUCAUGGCUAGUGCAGUUUUUGGUCCAAUUGGAGUUAUUGCAUUUGGAUUAGGAAUGUGCAGUAUUACUCACUUAUGGAAAGAAGGUAACAUUCUUUUAAACGAACCGGAAGCUCGUAAAAAUCUUAAUAGAAUAUUGACCAAAGCAAUAGAAGCUUAUGACAAGGAUGAAUACCAAAAAUUUUAUGAAGCGCUCUCCGAAGAAUAUGAAGAAGAUACGAGUCUGUUAAAAUUAGAGAAACCCGAGGAUACUAUUAAUCCCAAGGAGAUAAUAAAGUUACUUAUAAGACAUGGAUUUCGGUCGGAUGGAAUUGCUUAUCUGUUGAACUUACUCGGCGUGGUCAUUGGGAGUGGAAGAAUAAGAAUCAUUGGCAUAACACCUAAAAAACUAAGAAUGAUGGCUGAAAGUGUUUUCUACGGAGUGCUGAACGAUGAACUUUUGGCAGAAGCUAAAAAAUUGGACAAACGUGCUCGUGCCUUUCAAAAUGAAUAUUCAUCUAUCAUAAACAAAAAGUUUAUAUUUACCAUCAUGGAUUUUUUUUCCAAUAAAGAUUAUAGUGGUAUAGUUCAAGAUUACAUUAAUAAUGGAGAGGAGAUGCCAUUUCAAUCGAGGUUGGAAGAAAUGCGUAAUGUUGCAAAGCUUAAUAUCGCGAUUAUUAAUAUAUUAGACACUGGUGUUGACGAAAUCAUAAAGGCAACCGAAAUGCUUAAAGAUAUUCGAAAUUCAAUUUACCAGAAUUACCAAUUUUCUGGCAUGGUUAAACAACGAUUGGAGGCUGUCGAGGAUUUACUAUGGAUUAUCUGUGGGGAAGAAUUAGCUGAAAAAACUCAACAUAACAAAAUUUCACUUAUAUGUCCUUGA